AUGACGCCCCGCUCUCUCUUCGGACGGCCGCCGUCUCCGGCCCCGCCCGUUUCGCCGCCGCCGACCGAACCUCGGAUCGAGACGGCAGCCGCAGCCCGGCCGGGGUCUUCCGGGGCCCCGUACUCGGUCCGGGAGAUCAGCGCCCGCAUCCGUGAGGUGCUCGAGGACGGAUUUCCCCGGAGCUUUUGGAUCGAGGGGGAACUUUCCCAGGUAAGCCGCCCGCGAAGCGGCCACCUCUACCUGUCCCUUCGCGAAGAAACAACCGUCCUCGAAGCCGUAGCGUGGGCCACCGACGCCCGGAGCUUCGCCUUCAUUCCCGAACCGGGGGACCGGGUUCGCGCCUUCGGCCGGUUGCGCGUUUACGAGGGGAAGAGCCGCUACCAGUUUCAGGUCCAGCGCCUCGAGAAGGCCGGGAUGGGAGCGCUGCUCCAGGAACUCCUGGAAAGGGAGGCCCGCCUCGAGCGCGAAGGCCUGUUCGAUCCCGGAAGGAAACGUCCCCUCCCCUUUCUCCCGCUCCGGAUCGGGCUCCUGACCGCUGCCGGAAGCGACGCCUGGGCCGACUUCACGCGAGCGGCCCGCACCCGCUUUCCCGGGGUCAUGAUCCGGGAACACUUCGCACCGGUACAGGGGCCAAGAGCGCCGGCGGCGCUGGCCGCCGGGAUUCGUGCUCUGGGCCGCGAAGCGCUCGACGUCAUCGUGGUGGCCCGGGGCGGCGGGUCGGUGGAGGAUCUCCUCCCCUUCAGCGACGAGAUCGUGGUGCGCGCCGCGGCCGCCUGCCCCCUGCCGCUCGUCAGCGCGAUCGGCCACGAGGCGAAUCGGCCGCUCCUCGACCGGGUAGCCGAUCGUCGCUGCAGCACGCCCUCGGCGGCAGCUCGGGAAAUCCUCCCCGAGCGGGGCGAUCUGCUCCGGGAGAUCGAGGAUCGCCGGAGGGCGGCCGAAACCGUGGCGCGCCGGGUCCUGAGCGCGGCGCAGGAUCGGGUGGCGACCUUCCUGACGCACCGGGCGACCACGGCGCUGCCCGCGUGGCUCGAGCAGGAACGACAAGGCCGGCAGCAGGAUCGUUCCUUCGCGCUCGCUGCGGCGGAGCGCACGAUCCAGAGCAGACAAGAGCGACUGCGAACGGCCCGUGCGCGGCUCGAACAAAACCACCCGGCCCAGAAACUCGCGGGCCAGUUCGCCCAGUUGAGCCGGCUCCGCGAGCGCCUCGCGGGAUGGCCGCUGCUCCGGGAUCAGGACGAGCGGCUCGAAGCCACGCGGCGCCGGAUUUCCGCCGAACCCCUGCACCGGCUCCUGGAAUUGGAGCGCGCCGCCCUUGCCGACCGCCGUACCCGCCGGCGCUCCUCGCUGGAGAGGUGUCUGGAGCGCCGCUCCUUCACUACCGAGAGAAUCGGCCAGAAUCUGGACGCCCUUGACCCGCGGGGCGUUCUACGGCGCGGCUACAGUCUGGCGCUGGACUCCGGAGGACGCGCGCUCGUUUCCACGAAGACCGUACGCGUUGGCGAUCGGCUACGGUUGCUGCUCGGGGAGGGUGAACUCGGCGCGGCGGUCGAGGAAGUGCGCCCCCCGCACGAACAAGCGGGCACCGGUCCCGCAGCACCCCGUUCCGCGGGGCAGAAUCCCGAAGGAAACCCGUCAUGA